GUAGGUUACCCCAUGUCCAGAGGUGUUUAGUUGCGCAGUUUUGACCUCAGCCAUGAAUUUGCCUUGGGUUUUCCGCAGCUUGCUAACAGUUGUCACUCUAGCAGCGUGCAGCAAAGGAACCGUCGAAAUAGAAAAACGAGUGCGCUUGAUUACACCAGACGGUGACAUGGGAGGAGGACGCAUCGAAGUGUACCACAAUGGCCAGUGGGGAACAAUUUGUGAUAAAAGUUGGUCGGAUGACGCGGCUGAAGUGGUUUGCAAGGAACUGGGGUACAGUGGGGCGUUAUUCGCGACCAAGAAAGCGUAUGAGGGCUCAGAAGGUUCUGGUCCGAUUCACUUGUCAAAUGUGGUGUGCGAUGGCUCGGAGCAAUCCAUUCUUGAAUGUAAAAAUGACGGCUGGGGAGUGGUCGGUGAAUGUACCCACAAAGACGACGCUGGAGUGAGGUGUAUUUUGACGGACGUCCCUGAAUUGGUGUAUCGCGGCUGCUGGAUUGACGACCCAGGAAACAGGAUUUUGUCAGACUUGUACGCAAACCAUCGGGGAAAUAUCGACUGGUAUAACCUUGGUAAAUAUGUUAUAUUGUGUGGAAGAGACGCAAUCCGUAGUGGCAAAGACUACAACCUAUUUGGGGUACAAUAUUUUGCCGAGUGCUAUUCGCAAGAAGGCAAUCCGGACUACAAGAAAAUGAAAGCUUCAAAAAAAGGCUGCGCCGACGGUGUUGGUGAAUUGUCGCACAAUGCUGUUUAUGAAUUCGGGCCGUACUUUAAUUUGGGUUGCUGGGAAGACAGACCUAGAGAGGGACGGACUAUGAAGUGGCUAAAAAAUCUUCGCAGGCAAAUCGACUGGUAUGACAUGAGCAAAACAGUAAAGAAAUGCUACGAAUUGGCUAAAGAGGCAGGAAGAACGUACUUUGCGGUGCAGUUCUACGGAGAGUGCUGGGUCUCUGACGAUGAGAAUUUCAGAAACCACGGUCAGGCCACGAACUGUUGGAAGGGGACUGGGGGGCACUGGGCUCACUACGUUUACAAAAUACGCGAAUAAGGAAACAAUGACG